CUACUUCAUCUUCCAACUUGCUUCCCUGUUGGGAAAGUAAGGUUAUAUUUAAAGAGAGGCACCCGACGUAGAAGACCAUAUCAGAAACAGUUUCACAAUUCCUUACUGAAACAUCAUAGGAAAUGUCGAAGUUGAGUUUCAUCGAGUUCAAUUACGGUGUGCUUCCGAGGAACUUGUCAAGAAAACCGAGUAACUCGAGCAUCAACAGGGAGAGGCAAAGCUCGAACGUGUCAUCGAGGUGUUUCCAGCCGAAUAUGGAGGAAAUGAAGUGGAUAUUCGACAAAUUCGACGCCAACAAAGAUGGCAAAAUCUCGAAAGACGAGUACAAAUCAGCUAUGAGGGUGAUGGGGAAAGGAGUUGCGGAAAGAGAUAUGGCGAAAGCAUUCACCGCCAUCGACGCCGACGGGGACGGCUUCAUCGACUACAAGGAGUUCACUCAGAUGAUACAUAGCACGGGAGAAGGGAUCAACGGCAGGGACAUCCGAAGCGCGUUUCAAGUGUAUGAUUUAGAUGGAGAUGGGAAGAUAAGUGCAGAAGAAUUAAUGGCGGUGUUGAAGAAGAUGGGGGAGAGAUGUAGCUUGGAAGCUUGUCGUAAAAUGAUAAGAGGUGUGGACGUUGAUGGGGAUGGUUUAAUCGACAUGAACGAGUUUAUGACCAUGAUGACUCGCACCAUGAAGCCCCUCUAAUAAUUGAUGUGGUGUUGUUUUAACUACAUCUUCUUCUGUUUUUCCUAGAUUUGUAAUAAAUAUUUACAGUUUUCAGAAUAAAACAGCAUAAAUCAAAUAGCAUAAAAC